GAUUAAUACAAGGGCACCUUUAAUAGAAAGAAAAGAAGGGAGGGCCGAGGGCUUCCCUAAUCCCUGCGGCUGCAGCAGCACAGUCCUCGGGGCCAGAGAGAGCAGCAGGGGAACAGAAGAGGACGAAGGAAGCGCAGGCUUCGUUUCUUGAAUCCAUCAACCCACGAACGAAUGAACGAGCGACCACGAGGCCCAAAGCCCAGCAGCAGGAGGCCCAAGCCCAAGCCCGGCACGGACCGCGACGCGACGAGGCAGCAGAGCUUGCCGAAUUUGAAACAGUCAAAAAUUCAAACCUACCCGCCGUCCUCUCUGCGUCUCCUCGGACGAGGAGCGACUUGCCCCCACGCUUGCCCCCGUCGACAAGCACCUCGAGGCGAGGACGAGACAGAGACAGAGAGAGGGAUUGAAGGUUUAUUGCUGGCAGCGGAGGCGAAGCGGGGCUUCGGCAGCGAUUCGAUCGGCGCCGUGGAGCAGGAGCAGGAGCUGCAGGUUGGUUCGCCGAUGGCACGGACUAGGUGACAAUGCCGCUGUACAGACGAGGGAUUGAGUGAUGCGCUGAUUGGAACGAGGUCGAGCGAGCGAGCGAGCGAGGGCUUUGGGUUCUGACGAGGAGGCAGGUGUAGGUUUUUUGGUUGGGGCAUUUGUGGCAUUUGGGGUGUUUGGGGAUUGGGGAUUGAGGAUUGUGGAUUGCGGAUAGAGGAGGAUGAGACAGGUGUGGCGAGCGAAUGUGGAAGGAGGCAGGAGUAGACUAGAGGUCGAUUCGCUGGUCUCAGCGCGGAGAGCUUGAUGACGGGCGAGGGAAACAGCGGAGAACGAAUUCGGCGAAAUGAUGGGCGGUCCGCUCGCUAGUGUGCACGAACAUUUAACAUGUGCGCGGGAGUAUGCGUUGCUGGGCAACUAUGACACGGCCCUCAUUUUUUUCGACGGAGUCAUCGCGCAAAUCAACAAGCAUUUGAACAGUGUCGAUGAUCCAUACAUUCGGUCCAAGUGGGUGAAAUGCAAGAAGGAUCUCUUUGAAGAGUUUGAAAUUGUGAAGCAUAUUGAUGCAGAAAGGCAGGGGUUUAAGGAGGCACCAGGUGCCACACCUCGCCCAGGCUCUCCCUUCCUUCCCCCUAAAUCUUACCCUUCUGUAGAUGAAUACGGCUCUUAUCCUCCUGUGGGUGGCCGGGAUGACGGGUUUGAGGAUCCAGAUGUGUGGAGACCCCCUACACGUGAAGCUCCCCUUCAGUAUGGAAGUAGACGGCCAACCAGGGCGGGUCAACUGGCAGCUGCUGCCCAAGCCAAGAAAAUGGCUCAAGAUGGGGAAAGGGUAUCACCUUGGGUACGAGGGAAGGUAGAACCUAAGGGGGUAGUGAAGGGGACAAAAAUUAGUAGCUCAGGACCCGCAGGCAAAGGACCCAGUGCAACCGGAACAGGAGCUGGACGCCCGGCAUCUAAGGAGACAGCCCGGAAAAGCUCAGGUCGAUCAACUCCCAGCAAGAGAGAAUCUAUGUCAAGUGAAGAUGAAUCAAAGAAGGAGCGGAAGUUGAAGUAUGAAGGCCCUGAUCCAGAUCUCGCUGCAAUGUUAGAGAGAGAUGUCCUGGAGACCAGUCCUGGCGUGCGAUGGGAACACAUUGCUGGCCUAACAGAGGCAAAACGUCUUCUAGAGGAAGCUGUCGUUCUGCCGUUGUGGAUGCCUGAAUAUUUCCAGGGCAUUCGUCGACCAUGGAAGGGUGUACUUAUGUUUGGUCCGCCAGGAACUGGAAAGACCUUGUUGGCCAAAGCAGUUGCCACGGAAUGUGGAACAACUUUUUUCAACGUCUCGUCAGCUACGUUGGCCUCCAAAUGGAGGGGUGAGAGCGAACGUAUGGUGCGGUGUUUGUUCGACUUAGCAAGAGCUUACGCUCCGAGCACUAUCUUUAUUGAUGAGAUUGAUUCACUCUGCAAUGCUCGUGGAGCGUCAGGAGAACACGAAUCAUCAAGAAGAGUAAAGUCGGAGCUUCUUGUACAGGUGGAUGGUGUGAACAAUAUCACCACGGGUGAAGACGGUGACAAGAAAAUCGUGAUGGUUUUGGCAGCCACAAACUUCCCAUGGGAUCUGGAUGAAGCUCUCCGGAGGAGAUUGGAGAAGAGGAUUUACAUUCCUUUGCCGAACGAGGAGAGUAGGCGGGACCUUAUCAAGAUCAAUCUGAAGGACGUCGAUAUAGCGAAGGAUGUGGAUAUAGAGGAGCUUGCCAGACGUACAGAGGGUUAUAGUGGUGAUGAUUUGACAAACAUAUGCAGAGAUGCAUCUAUGAAUGGGAUGAGGCGCAAGAUAGCAGGUAAAACACCCGAUGAGAUCAAGGGCAUGACCAAAGAUCAAAUGUAUGAGCCAGUUGCCAUGCGAGACUUCGAUGAUGCCCUUGCCAAAAUUUCACGCUCUGUCUCUACUGCUGAUAUUGAGCGCCAUGAGAAAUGGUUGGCAGAGUUUGGUUCUGCUUGAUGUAGUCUUACUUUAAAUUCUUCCCCCCCACAAGAGCAGAAUAAUGAAAUGUUGUAACACUUUGUUGCUGGUUAUCCCUGAAGUCUCUAUGCUGGGUUAUUGAGGUUUUUCUCUCUCCUCCCCAACUAAAGCGGGAAGUCUGGUGAGAAAAUUCAUGCCUAACCACUUUGCCCAAUCAUAACUUAUAAAAGUUAUAUGCAAAGCAGUAUGAAAUAGAGGAUCACUGCUCUGGAAUAGUCGCGUACUAUCUCUUUCACGCAUGUUCAUAUGUGCAAAGGAGCUGCCUAGGUUGGACGCUAUGUGAAUCUCUCAACGACGUCAACUUUAUACCCACUCUUUGGGCAGAUUACACAACCUGAUCAUACAGUCAGGUUUCCAUAAGCAGAUCUACACUCCAUUUAGUUCUGUACAUUACCAUUUUCAUUUCUCGCUUUGAAGCUGGCCCCUCGACUAUGCCUUGGAGUUAAUAGAAUAGUGUUAUUUUUCUAUCUAAGUUUGAAUAUCUGCGUC